AUGAUCGAUCAAUUAUCAAAAACAAAUAAUUCCAAUGAUUUUUUUGGAGAACAAACUCCAAAAAAAAUUCCACAAGAAACAAUGAUAUUUACAAAUGAAUUAUUUCAACGUGUUAUAACAGCUGUAUUUUGUUCAUUUAAUCCAACAACAACAAAUAAUGAUAAACAAUAUGCAUUAAAUUUUCUUGAAGAUCUUAAAGAAAAUCAUCCAUUAAUAUGUCUUACAAUUGGUUUUGAAUUAUUAAAACAACAAACAAAUAAUGAAUCAUUAUUACAUCAUUAUGGUAUACAUUUAAUUGAAUCAAUUAUAAAACAUAAAUGGACAUUAUUAAAACAAGAUGAAAAAUUUUUAGUUAAAGAACAAUUAUUUUUAUUAAUAAAAAGUUCAUGUUUAAGUCAAGCAUUUAUGGAUCCAAUUUAUAUACGUAAUGCUUUAGCAAAAUGUUUAGUUGAAAUGAUAAAACGUGAUUGUUUUGAAAAAGUAAAUACAACUUUAGAUGAAAUUGUUCUUAUGACACAAACUAUCGCUCAAAUUGAAGAUAACAAUUCUACUCAACUUGAACUUAUUUUACUUGUUUAUCGUUUUUUAAAUGAAGAAUUAACAAUUUAUGCUCAAUCAAUACAAGUUCAUCGUCGUCGACAAUUAUUAAAUCAAUUACAAAAACGUUUAAAUGAUAUUUUACCAUGUUUAAUACGUAUAUCAAAUGAUUUAUUAAUUGUAACUGAUCAACGUGAACGUUUAACACAAACAUGUUUAUUAGCUGUGAAUAGUUUUCUUACAUGGGUAGAAUAUAAUCAUUUUGAACAGUAUGAAUUAUUUCUUUGUGAAUUAUUUUUAAAAUUUUUUCAACUCAAUUCAGUUAAAUUACGAUAUGCUUCAUUUGAAUGUUUACUUAGUCUUGUUAAUAAACGUUUAGCUAAAAAACAAUUACAACAACAACAACAACAAAGAAAUAAACGUAUUGCAUUAUCACCAUCAUCAGCAUUAAAUUGUCAACAUGAAAAACUUUUUCUUAAUUAUUUAUUGGGAGAUAAUACAUUAGGAAUGUUUUAUAGACUUUUAAUAAGUCCAACGGUAUGA